AUGUCUUUACCAACACAAACCAUAUCCCCCGCCCAAUACUCAUCCUCUCCUCAACACGCCUCCCGAGGAUUCUCCGGUCCCAAAGCACUAUCACGACCACAGAGCUUUGAUCGACCUCCUACCGCGCAACGAGUCAGCCACUCUCCGGAGCAGCAAACAACCUACGAUGUAGCAGGCGAUACCUCAUCUCUACAACCCGGGGAUGAUGACCAUCAUGAAACAAGUUCCGCUUCACACCCAUCAUUUCAGCCCUUCUUCACGCUCAUAGAGGAUGCCAACACCUCCGAAUACUACCACCCAGCAGUCCACUACAUCUUCUCCGACGACGACACGGACAUCGUAACGGAAGCAGCUCUACGUGCCCUUGAAACGGAGCAAGAUGUCUCUCCCGAUCCGUCAAAAGGGAAGGCAAAGUCAGCGAACAAUCAACCACCGACGCAGCAGCAGGACGCAGCGGGAAACGAGACUGCCGGUCCGGAGGACGAUGAGCCCCUCCUACCCCCUCCGGUCCCCGGCGUUCGCGACAACUACAUAAUCCUCGACAUGGAGCUCGCGAAUCCUGAUGAUGCGAAACACUUGAGCUCGGAUCCGUCCCGCGGUGCCGGGACGGCCGGUAUGAGGUCCAUAUCCACCUCGCCGGUCGCUCAGGGAACAUUCCUGCACCAGCAGUCACCGUCUGGGCCACAUGGGUUCCCACCGACCCAGCCUCAAUUCAACGUUGUAUCCGCACAUAGCCUGACACCAGCAUGGCAAGUGCUCAGCACGCAAGUCGUACCCGCACCGACAUUCGAGAAUAACGCUUCAGGCGAGCAACCGUCAAUGGGUGGCUUGAUGCUCAAGAUCCGCGGUACCUCUGGUCUGCCUGUGACCAUGUUUGGAAAGGAUAGGGACAAGGAGAGAGGAAGUCAACGACUGGAAGAUAUGAUGGAGCAGUUUGGGAAACGCCUGGGCGAGCUCAGGCAGGUUAUCGAGGCUGGACAUCAGGUUCAGCCUACCCAGGAUGCCCUGUUUGAAGGAGAAGAAGUGCUAGGCGGUGUAGAUGCCAAUGCUGUUUUGGAUACAAACCCUCAUGAACAGAUGGAUGGCCGUAACAAUGCCAAGGAUGAGACAGGCGACGACAGCAAUAUCUGA